CAUAGAUUGGCCCAUCAGGCUGGGAGACGCGCUGACUUGACACGCUGAGAGAUGAAGCUACCGUCCUGACAAGACGCCCGCUGCCCAGUGGUUAAGGCAACCUAUGGCUCUCCCUGUCAGCCACAGACUUGAGCAGGCGGCCUGUCAGCUUCGACCCUUCGACGCCCGCGGCCCCCCUAUCGCCCGACGUUCUCCCCCGGUCCGCCCCAUCUCUCCCCACGAGCGGCGCACUACAGAAAAGCUCGACCCCCCAAAGGCAUCCAGUAGCAUCUAAUCUGGCCAAGGCUUCCGAAUACUUUCGUGAACAUCUUCCAACUCCAUACCAUACGGCCCCAUUCGACGUAGACCGCUUCCAGAACCAGUCCCGUAUUCUCACAAUAAACCAUCGUCAACAUUCGCCAUGGCUGACUCCCUCACCGAAGAGCAAGUUUCCGAGUUCAAGGAGGCCUUCUCCCUCUUUGACAAGGACGGCGAUGGACAAAUUACAACCAAGGAGCUCGGCACCGUCAUGCGCUCCCUGGGACAGAACCCCUCCGAGUCUGAGCUUCAGGACAUGAUCAACGAGGUUGACGCCGACAACAACGGAACGAUCGACUUCCCUGAGUUCCUCACCAUGAUGGCCCGCAAGAUGAAGGACACCGACUCCGAGGAGGAGAUUCGUGAAGCCUUCAAGGUCUUUGACCGCGAUAACAACGGCUUCAUCUCCGCCGCCGAGCUUCGCCACGUCAUGACUUCAAUCGGCGAGAAGCUCACCGACGAUGAGGUUGAUGAGAUGAUUCGCGAGGCUGACCAGGACGGCGAUGGACGUAUUGACUACAACGAGUUCGUCCAACUCAUGAUGCAGAAGUAAGGCGUCAAGUUGGUCGAGCGGCUGUAGGUCGAAACCAUUCACGGUGACAUUGGCCGCGCAGCAUUUGUUCCUUGCGAGAAACGACACGAACAGGCUUCAGAGGGCCAGGCUGGUCAGAAGGUAUUCUUUUAGACCGUGGGAGUUGGCAUACGAGAAUAACCAGCGAAAGGACGAGUUUGAUAUUCGGACGGUUGAGGGGGCUCUAUGCAUUCAUCUCGCUGCCAGCACGCUUGCCUGUUUCAUUCCCGUUCUAUCACGAUGCUUAUUUAACGAACACACUCUCCUACACCGACACAGACACAAGACACAUUUUGAAUGAUACGGGAGUUACGCUUAGAAGGGGGUCUCCUCCAGGGCGGCGAAUGCAAAGGUCAAUCAACCCGGCGAUUUCAUCGAGUACAAUUGCGAAGCUUGACGUUACUUGUGAUUUGGUACCCGGCGUGUGUAUGCUGCCAUGGCUUCUCCGCGGCGAGCAUCACAUGCUGAAAUAUGACGCCAACGACUGCGUUGAGCACUCGCUGGGUGGGCAAAGUAGUCUGUUGCACCCAGGCUGACAUUGACUGCGGGCAACGGAGGCACUGUGUAAGCUUGUUCAUCAAAGUACGGAGUCAUGGAGAUGGAUAGAUGAUCACAUUGUGCCACACGUAUUAUCCAUGGCCUGGUACAUGCUGAGCCAGAGAGCUAGGUCGGCUGGCAGAGCAAUCUAGCUUGACAGGGCUACAGGCACCGCGCCGAUCCGCC